AUGGCCGGAGUUAUCCGGAGGCUCGACGAGACGGUCGUCAACCGAAUCGCAGCGGGAGAAGUGAUUCAGCGUCCGGCCAACGCUGUCAAAGAAAUGCUGGAGAACUGUUUGGAUGCCAAGUCCACGAAUAUUCAGGUGACGGUGAAGGACGGAGGACUGAAACUGCUUCAGAUUCAGGACAACGGGACCGGUAUCAGGAGAGAGGACAUGGAAAUCGUCUGUGAACGGUUCACCACCAGCAAACUCCAGAGCUUUGAGGAUCUUUCAGCCAUUGCAACCUACGGAUUCAGAGGAGAGGCCCUCGCCAGUAUAAGCCACGUGGCUCAUGUAACCAUAACCACAAAGACAGCAGACGCCAAGUGUGCGUUCAGAGCCAGCUACAGCGAUGGAAAGCUCAAAGGUCCUCCCAAACCAUGCGCCGGCAACCAGGGGACGCAGAUCCUCGUGGAGGACCUGUUCUAUAACGUGUCCACCAGGAGGAAAGCCCUGAAGAGUCCCGGGGACGAGUACUCCAGGAUUGUAGACGUAGUCAGCAGGUACGCGAUACACAACUCUGGAAAAAGCUUCUCUGUCAAAAAGCAAGGAGAGACGGUGGCUGACGUGAGGACGCUGCCCAACGCGUCCGUCGUGGACAACAUCCGAAGUGUUUUUGGGAACGCGGUCAGCAGGGAGCUGAUUGAAGUGAGCUGCGAGGAUCAGAAGCUCGCCUUUAAGAUGAAAGGCUACGUCUCAAAUGCCAACUACUUCAUGAAGAAAUGCGUCCUGGUCCUGUUCAUCAACCAUCGCCUCGUGGAGUCGAGCGCUUUGAAGAAAGUCCUGGAGACGGUUUACGCCGCGUACCUUCCCAAGAACACGCACCCCUUCCUCUACCUCAGCUUGGAGAUCGCGCCGCAGAACGUAGACGUGAACGUGCACCCGACCAAACACGAGGUGCACUUCCUGCACGAGGACAGCGUCAUCGAGAGCGUUCAGAAACACGUCGAGAGCAAGCUGCUGGGCUCCAACUCCUCACGCACGUUUUUCACUCAGACGUUGCUUCCUGGGCUGCCGGUCUCAGGCGUGGCAGAGAUAAAGACCUCGAGCACCGCAGAGUCCGCCGAGCGGGUCUACGCUCACCAGAUGGUGAGGACCGACUGUCGCGCCCAGAAACUGGACGCUUUCCUAAAACCCAAGGACAAGAAGCCGCCCGGCCCAGAGGCAGCCGGAACCAGCGGCGGACGGACCGAGACCAGAACCGACCAGUCGGACUGCGUAGAGAUGGAGGAUGCAGAUAUGUUGGAGGCCGUUUGUGUGCAUGAAGCACAGGGUCCAAAAGACACGGAGGAACCCGGGGUCCCUUCACAGGACGUCCAGAGGAAGCGACCGAGGACAGAGGAGGAGGAGGAGAAGCAGGAGGAGAAGCAGGAGGAGGUGACGGCUGCAGCUACACCCAGGAGAAGAGUGAUGAACCUGAGCAGCAUCAAGGAGCUGCGAGCUGAGAUCACUGAGAAGACCCACAGAGGUCUUCAGGACAUGCUGCAGAACCACUCGUUCGUGGGCUGUGCCGACCCCCAGUGGACUUUGGUCCAACAUCACACCAAGCUGUACCUGCUGAACUGCACCCGGCUCAGCCAGGAGCUCUUCUACCAGAUACUCGUCUACGACUUCGGGAACUUCGGCGUCCUCAGAUUGUCUGAACCGGCUCCUCUUUACGACCUGGCCAUGUUGGCUCUGGACUCGGAGGACAGCGGCUGGACGGAGGAGGACGGUCCUAAAGAGGGUCUGGCUCAGUACAUCGUGGACUUCCUGAAGAGGAAAGCGGAGAUGCUGGAGGAUUACUUUUCUCUGGAGAUAGAUGAGGAAGGGAAUCUAACGGGACUGCCGCUCCUUCUGGACAGGUACACCCCGAUCAUGGAGGGACUCCCCAUGUUCGUCCUCCGCCUCGCCACAGAGGUGAACUGGGACGAGGAGAAGGACUGCUUCAGAGACUUCUGCAGGGAGUGCAGCUCUUUCUACUCCAUCAGGAAACGGUACAUCCUGGAGGCGGAGCCUGGGCAGGAACAGGACGCCGAGGUGAACUCGUGGCGCUGGAAAGUGGAACACGUGAUCUUCAAAGCUUUUCGGACCCUCUUUAGUCCUCCGAAGUCCUUGAGCGAGGACGGUUCUGUGCUGCAGAUCGCCAACCUGCCGGAUCUGUACAAAGUGUUCGAACGGUGCUGAGCAGAAAACGCGACUUCACGUCUGUAACGACAGAGUUGUAAAUAAACAAAUAUGUAAAUAAGACCGACGUUCGUCUGUGGACCAAGAAAACUGGAUUAUGGACCGUGGAGUUUAAAAUCAUCUCCGU